CCUCCACUUCUUUCCAUCCAAGUCCGACUGCUCCUUUCCUCUCCUCUUCUCCUCCUGUUCUACUUUGAUUGAGAGAGUUUGCAGAGUCUAAUUUUUGCGGCGAUGGAUAUCGAUCUGAGUCCGAGGCUGUCGAAGAAAACGUACGGUGGGGAUGGGGGCUCCUACCACGAGUGGUGCAGCGAGGAGCUGCCGAUGCUCGCCGAGGCCAAGAUCGGGGCGGCCAAGCUCGCCUUGGAGAAGCAGGGGCUCGCGCUUCCCAGCUACUCCGACUCCGCCAAGGUUGCUUACGUCCUCCAAGGAAAUGGCACCUGCGGAAUCGUGUUGCCAGAGGCCACGAAAGAGAAGGUGCUUCCCAUCAAGAAGGGCGACGCUCUUGCUCUCCCCUUCGGCGUCGUAACUUGGUGGUUCAAUCCGAACGACACCGAGCUCGUCGUCCUCUUCUUGGGCGAUACCUCCAAGGGCCAUAAGCCUGGGAAAUUCACCAACUUCCACCUCACCGGCACCAAUGGCAUCUUCACCGGCUUCACCUCCGAGUUUGUCGGCCGUGCAUGGGACCUCACCGCCGAUGAGGUCCAGAAGCUGGUCCACAGCCAAACCGAUGCCGGCAUUACCAAACUGAAGGAUGGCCAGAAGAUGCCCGAGCCCCUUCCUCAAGACAGGGAAGGGAUGGUUCUCAACUGCUUGGAUGCUCCACUGGACGUCGACAUCAAGAACGGCGGCCGGGUCGUCGUGCUGAACACCCAGAACCUUCCCCUGGUGGGCGAGGUUGGGCUUGGUGCUGACCUUGUGAGGAUAGAUGGCCAUUCCAUGUGCUCGCCGGGCUUCUCCUGUGACUCUGCAUUCCAGGUUACUUACAUUGUCAGGGGGAGCGGCCGGGUUCAGGUCGUCGGUAUCGACGGCAAGCGGGUAUUGGAAACCAGAGUGAAGGGUGGGUGUCUGUUCAUCGUGCCGAGGUUCUUUGUGGUGUCAAAGAUUGCUGAUGCUGAUGGCAUGGAGUGGUUCUCCAUCAUCACCACUCCAAACCCGGUGUUCAGUCAUCUGGCAGGGAGGACGUCGGUCUGGAAGGCUUUGUCCCCGGAGGUGCUGGCGUCUUCGUUCAACACAACUCCAGAGAUGGAGGAGCUGUUCAGGUCCAAGAGGACCUCGGAUGCCAUCUUUUUCCCUCCUUCCGACUGAUGAAAGAAUUAGUUUCUAUGAUACAGAGUUGGUUUUCCUUUGCUUUGUUGGCUAAUAAAAUUCCAGUAGGACCUAUCUAUUGCUUCUAUCUUGCUUCUGGAAGUAGUCUCAGCUUGAUGACAUUUAAUAAAAGAAUGUAGCUUGAGCUACUCGUGGUUUUCGUAUUCUUAUGUUCUUGUUCUGGUAUUCAUGUGUGGUCCUUCUCAGUGGAAUGGUAACUUGGUUGUGCUUGACUUAA